AAUUCCAACAACAUCAAUGGCAGCUAUGCCAUUGCCAUCAUCUCUUCAAACUCACCAACGUCUAUCUUUAAGCAGCCAAAUUUCACCUUCACUUCACCGUUUCCAUCAACUUUACAGCAACCCAAGAAAGCAGCCUAGGCCAAAACAUUCAAGCUCCUCCAAUGGCUACAGCUUGGCCAAUAUCAAAGCUUACAUGGAAAACCCAAACUCCAUCUCUGGUUUUGCCAACAAAGUCAUUGGUUCUCUCCCAAUAAUUGGGCUUGUAGCUAGGAUUCUUAGUGAUGAAGGUGGUGUUGGUGGGGAUAUUAUUGAUUUUGCUGAGUUUAGAAGAAGGGUUGGCAAGAAAUGUACCAUUACGGAUUCUAGAGCCUUCUAUGAGUUCCAAGAUAGGAGAGGCCGGGCAGGGGAUCCAUUGUAUGUUCUGCUAUGCUGUUGGCUAGCAGCUGUUGGUGCUGGUCUUCUUAAAUCUGAGGAGAUAUUGGAGGGGGUAGCUAGGCUUCGGAUUUCAAAUGAUAUUGAAUUUGAAGAGCAAAAUUUUAUUGCAAUGAUGAGCGAGGCAAGAGAGAGGCGAGCAAAGUUGAAUGUCGACACCCCAACUGUCCCCAUGGAGAUUCGAGCUGAGAAGGCUCUUGAUGCAAUUUAUGUCUGUUGCUUUGGGAGAGAACCAAUAGAAGAGGAAGACGAGAGGUUGCUUAAUGUUAUGCUUACCGCCGUUUUCCCAACUGUUGAGCAAUCAAAGAUACAAAGAAUUAUUGAGGACAAGGCAGCGAAAGUAGCAGAGGGUAGUGAUGCAGACGAUGUUCAAGAACCAAAGCCAUUAUCAAAGGAAGCUGUACAAAUGCAAAUGAAAGACCUUGAAUUCCUCAAACAAAACAGGGAAACAUAAAGAAUUACUGUUAAACAAAAAUGGAAUCCUUUUGUUUCUUCACACCGCACAUGGUAUCAGAAACUGAAGCUAAGAAAAUGGCUCCACAAUUUCCAUCCUCAACUAUGUGAUGAUGUGGAAAUCAACACUUCACUGAAAACCCAGGUUCCACGUUCAAAUUGCUAUCCAUGGAAGACAAACCACAGUUGAUUUUUUCUCUUUUUUGUUUCUCCCAUUUUAAAACCCUGCCUUUCACUUUUCCCUGUUCUCUGCUUUUGUUCUUGUUGUUUCUUGUAGUUCUGAAACUCAUUUUCUGGUGCAAGCUUUUGACAAAGGCACCAUAAAUGACAACAGCUUGUGAGUGAAAUACUAUUAUUUUGUUCAUAUCUC